AUGAAAGUUCGUUCCGCCGCUCUCCUUUUCCUAUCGGCAUCAUUGCCCUUGAAUGCUGUGGCAUUUCAGCCAUUGGCAACUAGAACCAGGACAGGCAACUCUUGGAUACGCAGCUCUUCAUCAUCAGAUGAGGAGACCACAGUGCAGACGACUUUCAAGGAACCCAUUCCUGACAUUGCAGCUGACGAGCCCAAGAAGAGUUUGACAGAGCGAAUGAUGGCCAAGGCACCAACGGAGGGGCAAGCCACGGGUGCCGGAGGAUUUUCGACCUACGAUGCCUUUUUGGCCGCGGAACAACGGUGGUCCAACCUCAAAGCGUCGGAACCAUUUACGUAUGACACCAAAUUGCUGCAAUCCAUGCAAAAUGGCAUCGCUCCUCCACCGGCAUUUGUCACGCAGGAUGGAGCCCAAGGCAAUCCACAAUGCUGGGCCAAACUUCGGGAACAGGAAGGAAAGAAAUUGGACUACGAUGUGGUGAUUUGUGGUGGAACUCUAGGAAUCUUUUUCGCCACUGCCUUGCAAUUGAAGGGAUUGAAUGUAUGCGUCUUGGAAGCGGGUGCUUUGCGUGGUCGAGAACAGGAAUGGAACAUUAGUAUGGACGAGCUCCUCGAGCUCAAGGAACUGGGCGUCUUAUCGCAGGAGGACAUUGAUGCCGCUGUGAAAACAGAGUUCCCCGCGUGUCGGUCGGGAUUCAAAAAUAAGGAAGUGACACCCACCGUGGGAGGAUACUUUGAAAAUGGAGUAGGAUACGAAUUAACCACGGAUGAUGUGUUGAACCUCGGCGUGGCUCCAGCGGUGUUGAUCGAGCGUGUUGGCAAGCGAUUUCAGGAACUGGGAGGCACGUUGCGAGAAAAGACACCAUUGAAGGGAGUUUGUACGUCAGAGGCUGUCGGUGCAGCAGUGGAUCUCGGUAACGACGAAGAACCAGUGACAACCAACCUUGUUUUGGAUUGUAUGGGAAACGCAUCACCAAUUUCUCGUCAACAGCGAUACGGAAUGAAACCUGAUGGGAUCUGUGCUGUGGUGGGGUCCUGUGCCUCGGGCUUCGAGAAGGAAACCAAUCUUAUUGGAGACAUUAUUUACACAAACACGGAAAUGCAGGACAAGGGAGAAAAUGGAAUGCUGCAAUACUUUUGGGAGGCGUUCCCCGUUGGGAUUGGCAGGGAUGGAAACGAACCGGGCACCAGCUCUGUCAAAACAACCUACAUGUUCACCUACAUGGAUGCAGAUGCCAAGCGACCAUCAUUGGAGACUCUCAUGGAAGACUACUGGAAAAUGUUGCCAGAAUACCAACCAUCCAUUAGUGAUCCUGAAAAGGACCUUGAUAUCCGCCGUGUGUUGUUUGCCUACUUUCCAACCUACCAGGAUUCGCCUCUCAAGCCACAAUGGAGCCGUGUCCUGGCGGUUGGAGACGCUUCUGGAAUUCAGAGCCCCUUGAGUUUCGGAGGAUUUGGUGCUCUCACGAGGCACUUGGGUCGCAUCAGUGGGGCCAUUGUGGAAGCGGUUGAAAGCAAAACACUGCACAAAGAUGACCUCGGAGAAAUCAACGCAUACACACCCAAUCUAUCGGCUGCGUGGAUGUUUCAAAAGGCCAUGUCGGUUCGCAUGGGACAAAAGGUGGACCCCAAGUUUGUCAACCGCUUACUGGCGGUCAACUUUCAGGAGAUGGAUCAAAUGGGGAUGCGUACCAUUAAGCCAUUUCUGCAGGAUGUGGUUCGCUUUGAUGGCUUGAUUGGCAGUCUGGCUAGGAGCUUCGUCGCAGAUCCUACGUUCAUGCCAGAGAUUGUUGCUCACGUUGGCAUUCCAACGUUGGCAGAGUGGCUAGGCCACGUUGGCAUGAUGGGUCUCUACACUCUACUCGACAAUGCUGCUUCUCCGGUGAUCACACCGUUUGUCGAAAAACUGGAUGACCCCAGGGAAAAAUUCAGGUGGCGACGAAGGAUGGAGGCUUGGAAGUUUGGAUCGGGAAACGACUAUGUUUUGCCAGAAGAAAACUAA